CGGGAAGGCUCACCGCGCCGCUUGGCUCUAUCGGGGCCUGGUUUCGGGAGCGAUUCUCUCCGCCGCCGAGGCGACCGGCCCCGAAGAAGCGGGAGACGCGCUGCGGAAUCGCCUUCGGGAGGCCGGCCCAGAAAGCCUUUGUCCGGUCGGGGACUCGAGUUGGGCGACACGAGCCUCCUCCUCCGCUGCGUUUGCCCGGUUAGAUGCGGGUUUUCUCUGAGGAGGCGGACGGGGAAGAGGGAGUUCUUGGAGAGGGAGCCGGUGCUGGUGGUUUAGCAAGGCAUGGGAACGCCAGGUUCUGGUGGGCAGAGGAAGAGGAGCCUAGCUGUUGGCACCCACAAGACUCUGUUGCUUCCUAGAGAUGCUAGACCGGAAAUAGCCUGAUCUGAGAUGUGCAUUGGACUAUUAAGUGGGUCAGAGCAGAUUUAACAAUCCUUGAUCAUAUUUUGCACCUGCUGAAGCUGCAGGUUGGCUACAUUUCCCAUUCAGUCAUGUCUUACGUGUUUGUAAAUGAUUCUUCACAAACAAAUGUGCCUCUGCUACAAGCUUGCAUUGAUGGAGAUUUUAACUAUUCCAAGAGGCUACUGGAGAGUGGCUUUGACCCAAACAUCCGGGACAACCGUGGCCGAACAGGUCUUCACUUAGCAGCAGCUCGAGGAAACGUUGAUAUUGCUCAGUUGUUGCACAAAUUUGGGGGGGAUCUUUUGGCCACAGAUUACCAAGGUAACACAGCUCUUCACCUGUGCGGACACGUUGAUACCAUUCAGUUCCUCGUCUCCAAUGGACUCAAGAUAGAUAUUUGCAAUCAUCAAGGUGCAACACCUCUUGUCCUGGCAAAACGAAGAGGAGUAAAUAAAGAUGUGAUUCGAUUGCUUGAAUCUUUGGAAGAGCAAGAAGUGAAAGGGUUCAACAGAGGAGCACACUCAAAGCUGGAAACAAUGCAGACAGCUGAAAGUGAAAGUGCCAUGGAAAGUCACUCUCUCCUCAACCCCAACCUGCAACAAGGGGAAGGUGUUCUGUCCAGCUUCCGAACAACAUGGCAAGAAUUUGUAGAAGACCUGGGCUUUUGGCGAGUGCUACUUUUGCUUGUUGUCAUUGCUUUGCUGUCUCUUGGAAUUGCAUACUAUGUUAGUGGAGUGCUCCCCUUUGUAGAAAAUCAGCCUGAGUUGCUGCAUUAAAGGCAGUGUAAAUUAAUAGUGUCUUACUACUAUUUGUAAUGUCUCACUUUCUUCUCUGUUGGGCAUAUGUUGGCUGCUGCUUGUAAGGUUUAUACACACAACACCCCUGCCUAGACAUUGUAAAGAGCCCCUUC